CGACCCGCCUCUGUAGCGACCAGUCGACCACGUCUUUCCUCUCUCUUUCUUUAGAUCUUUCCUUCCAAGCAAAUUCCAAAAGAGUAUAACCUCUUAUAAAAAACCACCUUUUUCCUUCUCUCUUCUCCACUACUCCCCCAUAACCAAGAGAGCUUCUUCGAUUUUGAUGAUUUUGAUCUUCUGUUCGAAUCAUCAUCAAUCGAAGAUUAAUCCAAACCAACGAUCAUGUCUUCGAAUCAGAAACCAAGACCCAUCGUGAUCCGUCAAGUUUGGGCUGAGAAUCUCGAGUCUGAGUUCGAAUUGAUCCGAGACGUGAUCGAUGAGUUUCCAUUCAUCUCGAUGGAUACAGAGUUUCCCGGCGUCGUCUACCGUCCGGCCGAGCCUUACUACGCGCGUCGUCGACCCUCGGAUCACUACCUCAUCCUCAAGACAAACGUGGACGCCUUGAAUUUGAUACAAGUCGGUCUCACCUUCUCCGAUUCCGACGGGAAUUUACCGGAUCUCGGCACCGGAAACCGGUAUAUCUGGGAAUUCAACUUCAAGGACUUCGAUGUGACUCGGGAUGAACAUGCUCCGGACUCGAUCGAGCUUUUGAGACAGCAAGGUGUGGAUUUUGAGAAGAACAGAGAAAACGGGAUCGACUCUUCGAAAUUCUCUGAGUUCGCUAUGUCUUCUGGACUCGUUUGUAAUGACUCGGUGAGUUGGGUUACCUUUCACAGUGCUUACGAUUUUGGGUACCUGGUUAAGAUCUUGACGAAUCGGUGUUUACCGGAUGAGAUCGGGGAGUUUCUGAGUGUGCUUAGGGUAUUCUUUGGAACUAGGGUUUACGAUGUGAAACAUCUGAUGAGAUUCUGCAAUAGCUUGUAUGGGGGGUUGGACCGGGUCGCUAAGGCUCUUGAUGUGGACCGGGUGGUUGGGAAGUGCCACCAAGCCGGUUCAGAUAGUCUGCUGACGUGGCAUGCUUUCCAAAAAAUGAUUGAGAUGUAUUUUGGAGAUGAUGCACCUGAGAAGCAUGCUGGUGUUCUCUAUGGUUUAGAGGUUGUUUUCUGAUAAUAUUAAAAAAAAAAGACAAAAAGAUUUAUUAUAUAUUGCUUGUAUAGGGUUCAGGCUAAUUUUGUUGGAAAUAGAAUAGAAUUCUUCCUAUUUCUGCAUUGGUCUUAAAUUGGUUGCUUC